CGAUAGUAACUCCGUGUCAGGGACAUAUCCGUGACUUUUUCAUGACGGUCCCCGCACGGUGACCUUCUAUUAUUUCAUCAAACAAAAUCAAUAUCAUCUUUUUUCAAUCGAAAUUUGUCUAAUUAAAAAACAAAAAAACAAAAAAAUAGAAAGAAAUAAUAAAAAUUUGUUUAGAAAAAAUGAAAAAGUAUCUUUGGUGUCUUGGAUUCAUCGCAAUUCUUUUAAUUCGAAAGGAAUGUCAGGCGAGACAAAUCGGCGAGAAUAUAAAAAACUUUUUUGGUCUUUUCGGCAACAAACCACCAAACCUUAAAGAACCACCUGCACCGUGUUACUGCUCGUGUGGAUUACAAAAUGAUGAGAGUCGUAUCGUGGGUGGUCAAACAACGCGAAUGAACGAAUUACCAUGGAUGGUUAGAUUAUCCUAUUUAAAUAAAUUUUAUUGCGGUGGUAGUCUGAUUAAUGAUCGUUACGUAUUAACCGCAGCACAUUGCGUUAAGGGUUUUCUUUUCAGGUUUAUGUGGUUCAUGAUCAAGGUUACGUUCGGUGAACACGACAGGUGUAUCGAUAAAAGUCUUGAAACAAGAUACGUCGUUCGAGUAUUAACCGGGGAUUUCAGUUUCCUCAACUUUGAUAAUGACAUAGCACUUCUUCAACUUAACGACAGAGUUCCGUUCGGUGAUACGAUACGUCCGAUAUGUCUACCAAAUAAAAAAGAAAACGAAUACAUUGGAUCGAAGGCAAUUGCAGCUGGUUGGGGUACACUACAAGAAGAAGGUAAGCCAUCCUGUUUACUUCAAAAAGUCGAAGUUCCGGUUAUGAGCUUGCAGGAUUGUCGAAAUACCAGUUACAGUCCUCGCAUGAUCUCUGAUAACAUGUUAUGCGCGGGAUAUCCAGAUGGAAAGAAAGAUUCUUGUCAGGGUGAUAGUGGUGGACCACUGAUAACCGAACGAGAAGAUAAAAGAUACGAAAUUAUCGGCAUCGUCUCCUGGGGAAAUGGAUGUGCACGACCAGGGUACCCUGGUGUUUAUACCAGAAUUACCAAUUAUUUAGAUUGGAUCUUAAAUAAUUCGAAAGAUGGUUGCUUUUGCGACAACAAUAAAUCAUCUCUAAAAAUGUUCAUAAAUAACUGUAUUAUAUCCCAUUUUUUAUUAACAAUGUCAGAUUGCGGCCUAUCAUCCAUGGGUUUGUCUAAUCGUAUAAUAGGUGGAAAGAUUUCAAAGCCACAUGAUUUUCCAUGGAUCGUUAUUUUAUUUAAGAGAGGAGCUAUUCAUUGCGGCGGUGCAUUGAUAAAUGAUCGAUACGUGUUAACAGCUGGCCAUUGUGUUAGAUGGACAAAGGCAAACGAUAUUACUGUAGGAUUAGGAAUUCACGAUGUAAGUGAUCUAGAAGAUGGAUACGUUGUAGCUAUCAGCAAAACAAUUUUACAUGAAAAUUUUACGAGUAAAGUUAUACAUGAUACUAAUGAUAUCGCAUUGAUCAAAUUACAAGAGCCAGUUGAAUACGACAAUCAUUUGCAACCUAUCUGCCUUCCCAAUAAAGAUGAUGAUUACAGUGGUAAAACAGCCAAAGUAACAGGCUGGGGAAUAGUUGCUGUUAAUGGAACAACUUCUAAGUUUCUUCGUGAAACUAAUUUAAUUAUACUGUCAUUGAAUUCUUGUAAAAACACUUCUAUUGGAAAUUACUUAACAAAUUCCGUAAUGUGCGCCUACAAAGAUAAUACCGAUGCCUGUCAGGGUGACAGUGGUGGGCCAAUUUUUAUCGAAAAAACAAUUGCGAAGUAUGAAAUAAUCGGUAUAGUUUCUUGGGGAUUAGGUUGUGCUAAUAAAGGUGUACCUGGUAUAUAUGUGAAAAUUACGGAUUAUUUAAGUUGGAUAAAACAACAUACUGCUGAUGCAGUUUAUUGUUUAGACGAUUGAAACAUAAAUAACUAUUGAAUUAUAAUAUCAAUUUUAACGUUGAAAUUACAACCGAAAAAAACAGAUGAUUUUUAGCUAUACCAUUUAAUUUUAAAAUUGAAUUAUUGUUGUUAACAAUUUGUGCUUACCAUAGCAAAUAAUCAUUAAUAAUUGCUAUCUGCGAAGAAUAAAGCCAGCACGUAGGAAUCCACUUUGUCGAUGGUUUAAUCAAAAUAAAUGUACAUUCAUCAUUUAUUCAAAUAGAAAUUUGUUAAUUAAUAAUCUAUAUAAAUAUUCAUCUAGACAUAUUCUUAAACGGUAAAAAAUAACUACCAAGGUAUCAUAUAAAUAUAAUAAUACUGUUACAAUAAACAGUAAUAAUAUAUGUAAAUAGUCAUGUAUACAGAUUUUAUGUAACUUAUAAUAAUUAUAAUCGUAUAAAAUAACUACAAACAAUGAUAUUAUGGAAUUAUUUCUUCUUAACAUUCAUCUUGGUUGAUAAUUAAUUAUUUGGAGAAUAAUAAUUAUUAGAAAUAAAAAAUAAAUACCUUUUUUUGAAUAUUCACUUAUACUAAAGUGGAUUAAAGUAUGUGUAAGUUUAUUUUGGGAACAUUUCACAGAAACUGUAACUAUGAUUAAAAUACAUUAUAUCAUCGUAAGUAUCCACGUAACAAUUUGUGCAUAUAAUAUGAAUGGUCAAACUGUCAUUAGACACUUAACACACAGGUAUUAUGCGACAGUGAUAUUAUUUUCGUAUGUUUUAAUCGUGUGUAAGUGGACGGCAUUCUUUUUUUCAAAAGAAAUGAAAUCACUGAUAUUACACCGUAUUGAAAAAGGGAGACUUUACUACGAACUAAAUAACUUUACUACCAUCAAGAAUAGACAUAUAAACGUGAAAAUUUGUCCAUCAAAACAUUAUAUAUUAAUUAAGGAAACAAUAGAAAUAUUUUCUCUUUUACUAUCAUUUUUUACAUCAAUUAUACGCAAAUAAUUUUACAACAAUAUACGCAAAUAUAUAUCGAUAUCAUCAUUUAAGCUAUUUAAACUCAAUUUUUCUCUCUAGACAAAUAUUUUCUCUACGAUACUACUAUUUAAUAUAUUCCAUAAAAUAUUAUUUGAUCAAAUGUUAUGCAAUUUUGUUUUUGUUCUCUUUAAUAUGCCUAAUAUAUCGUAAACAUGGCGGAUAACAUUGAUAUUCUGUUAUCAUGCAUCGUUCAAUAUAUACAGAAAAUAAUGAUCCUUCUAGUGCUAUAUUGUUUGGUAAUCUUAUAUAUUAAAAAUUUUGCCGACACAGAGACAUGGAAUUGCACUUUAAGUAGAAUUGGACUAUAUU